GAGGAAGAUUUGCAAAGUGUGCUUCGCCGGGCAACGCCUCCUGGUUUCAACUCGAAGCAUCCUCAGCUCCUGCUUAAGAGGGCGCACCCCGCUCUCUUUCCCGCUUACGGGACUUGGAGUCUGUUGGGGCCGGCACGGCCUGGUACCGCCCUGUCAGGAAGCAGCUGUCUGAUCGCCUCGCGCCGGCCUGCUCCGCCGGGUGUCCAAAGGCGGCUGUGAGCGUUGCCAUGGAGGUCCGGGGCCAGGCUGAGCCGAGUAUUCUACCAUCAAAAGAGCUGUUGUUCAAAGAAACAUGAAAUCAGAUCAUGAGGACAGAGAGGGUCUUGUACCCGGGACAUCAAACAUGUCACCAGAGGAAAAAAUGAUGGACACCGGGAGUAGCAGUCAUGAUAUCAUCAAAGUUGUAUCUCCAUGUCCUAAGGUUUGGGGAAAUGUUGAUAUAAAACCUAGCCAAGAAGCCUCCAGGAAAAAACUAUGUGGCUAUUUAUGUAAAUGUUCUUCCAAAGCACCAAUCAAGACCUGGAAGUCACGCUGGUUUUGCUAUGAUGAAAAUAAAUGCUACUUGCUAUAUUACAGGACAGCACAAGAUAUUAAUCCUUUGGGAAGUAUAGAGAUUUCCAUUGCGAGUUUUGAUCUGAAAGUGGGAGCAGAUGAGGGUAUUUUUGAAAUUAGGACUCCCAUCAAAGACUUUAUUCUUAAGGCUGUCAACAAACAAGCCAUGAUGUAUUGGCUACAACAACUGCAGCUAAAACGCUGGGAAUUUUGUAAUAAACAGGCGAAGGGUUUUGUUGAAGCUAUGCCAUCUUUUCCUUCCAUAAAUGAGGCCCAGAGGAGCAACACUGAGGCAGAACAGGAUUUUUUACCCCCUGUGAAAACACCCACUGACGUAGUUGGCAUAAGGGCAGCUUCUCUACCAGCACCACCGACUUCUAUUGCUCUUCAGAACAUCUCUCUCAAGCAUCCUUGGAUUGAAAUUCAAAACACGGUGCAUAAUCUGUGUGGCAGCCGUCAGAACCGAAGAGACAGUGGUAGCUUUGAGGAUAAUUUUGAAAUUAUUGCUGAUGAAGAGCACCUAAAAGGAGAAACCGAGGAAACAGUCAUGGCAGACAUGCAGAAAGACACAAAAAUGAGACCAAAGCCAUCAACACUCCGAAAAUACAAAAAAGCAAACAGCAGUUUUCAUCGUUUUGUUGAAGGAGCAGAACAGGGAAAAAUAGCUUCUCUUCAGCAACAAGUUUUGAUUCUUACAGAGGAAGUAAAAUCUCAGAAGGAACUGGUCAAACUUCUCCAAAAAGCUCUGGAGGCAGCUCAGCAAGAGAAACGAGAGUCCUGCAGAUAUCUGGUCACAGCUACGGAAAAAGACAGGCUGGAAUUGGUGCGCCACAAAGUGAGGCAUAUUGCUGAGCUGAACAAGCAGGUUCAAGUGCUAGAGAUGGAAAAGAGAGACCUGGAGCAGGAGGCUGCUUUGAAGGAGGAGCACAUCAAGGAGCUGAGAGAACACGUGCAACUCUUGAUGGACAAAAACGAAGCCAAGCAACAAGUCAUCCUCAAGCUGACAGAACAGCUCACUAGAGAGAUGACCGACUCCAUUACUGAGGCAGACAGCAUCAUGACCGAGACCUUGUACAAGCAACAGGAAAAGAUUGAACAUCUAAAGGAUGAUCUUGAGGCAUACAAGACUCAGAACCAAUUUCUGAACUCCGAAGUCCACCAAGUUAGCAAAAUAUGGAGCACUGUGGCACAGAGAGAAAAAAACCUUCUGAUGAAGUGUGCUCAACUGCAAGCCCACAAUUGCCAGAUUGAAAGCAAGUACCUGAUGUCUCUACGGACCUUUCAGGGGCUGCCGGAUUUGGCGAAAGAACACAUGGCAUUGGUGACAGAACUCAUUGAAGAGGCACUGCAGUGGGAUAUGAAGGAAGAAACCCUGAUUCCUAUCCAGCUAAGCCCAGUCAAUCAAUAUGAUGAUUAUGGGUUUAUGACAGUUCCUGAAUAUGAAGCUGCAGACUGGAAGCUCUUGGCCAAAAUCCAGGCCCUGGAGAUCAAAUGCACCAAUCUGAACAAGGAGACCACGGAGAAACCUUUCUCUGAGCGAUGGAAUAACCUCGGGGAACUGACUCCCUCCUCGGAGCUAAAAAGCUUAUUGCGGUGUGGUGUCCCAGCAGUGCAUCGCCAGAGGGUCUGGAGGUGGAUUAUCAGCCACCGGUUAAAGCAAACACGCUCUGCUGGUCAUUACCACAAUUUACUCAAGAAGUGUGAAAAUGCUGAGCACCCAGCUUCCCAGCAAAUUGAACUGGAUCUGCAUCGCACGCUGCCCAAUAAUAGACAUUUUAUGUCACCGACUUCCCAGCUUAUUCCCAAACUCAGAAGAGUCUUACUUGCAUUCUCCUGGCAAAAUCCAACCAUCGGCUAUUGCCAAGGACUGAACAGACUGGCUGCCAUUGCCUUGCUGAUCCUAGAAGAGGAGGAGGAAGCUUUCUGGUGCUUAGUUCAUAUCACAAAUAAUUUAAUGCCUCACGAUUACUACAGCAACACAUUAAUAGGCUCGCAAGUAGAUCAAAGAGUUUUCAAAGACAUCUUAUCAGAGAAGCUUCCCAGGCUGACAGCACACUUAGAUCAACUUCAAAUUGACCUGUCCUUAGUGACCUUUAACUGGUUCCUGGUUGUUUUUGUCGACAGUCUUAUCAGUGAUCUUCUCCUCCAAGUUUGGGAUGCUUUCCUCUACGAAGGUGCAAAGGUGAUAUUCCGUUAUGCACUUGCAAUUUUUAAAUAUAAUGAAGAAGCAAUAUUGAAGAUUCAGGACAAUCUGGAAUUCUAUCAAUAUCUUCGUUUUUUCACCAAAACUAUCUGUGAUGGCAGAAAGCUGAUGACCAUCGCCUUCGGGGAUAUGAAUCCGUUUCCCAUGAAGCUGCUUCAGAAUCGACGCGGAGUGCACAGAUUAAAAGUGGAAGCUGAGCUGAGAGAACUGGAGCAACUAAAAGCCCAGUAUGUAAAGGAACAGGCUGAACAGGCAGCCAUCCAGCCAGAUGGACCCACAAGUGAGGAGGAAGAAGAGAUAUAACCUUCGCUUACUCUCUGGUCAUCUGUAAACAUUGCCUUUGUUUGAAACAUAAAGGCAGCAGUUAUUUAUGAUAAACACUUGGCACCUGGUGCAAUGAAUAUAGAUGUACUGGAUAGUCUGCAAGUCCACUGCAAAUAAGGGUAUAUCGUGCCUUAUUGUCAUUAUGACUUUUCUGGAUAUUUUGUGGUGCGGAAAAAACCCUGGAUUGCAUUCCGCUAGAGAUUUUCUGUUACUCCGACUCUAAAUUAUAAGAAUCCCCUUAGAACUUAGUAUGAUGUACAAAUACAAUCACUAGGGUUUGUGAACCCUAAUUUAUGUCAGGCCUGCACAACUUGUAGAGAAGAAAGGACCACGUUGAUAAAUUAAAAAUAAUUGCAAGCUGCGUAAGAAUACCCGAUGCAUCAAUCAGCUAGCAGAGUGCUGGUUGUUGGCAACAUCACUAAAGCCUGGAGGCACUUGGCAGUGUGUCUUUUGGGAAAGCAACAGGAAAUCCUUCAGGAUGGUGGUGCUUUUUUGGUGGCAGUGAAUUCAUUGACCUUUUUAAAAAUGCUAGUGGACCUUCAAGGCUGCUUGCCGGGCCACAUAUGGCCCACAGGCUGAAAAUGCAGGGGCGAUUUAUGGUUUGCUAGUACCUGUGGUUCAUUCCAGUGUGGCUUUUUCAGCCAACCAUGGGUGAAGCAAAAUGUAGAUUAACCCAAUGUAUGAGCCACACUUUUAAUAUGCAUGUACAAAGUUUCCCCUUUUUUGCUUUCCUUGUUUUAUAGCAGGCUUUCUAAUCAAUUGGCUUUCCUGCAGAGAUUGGACUAGAAUAGAUCACUGUUUCUCAAGCUUAGCAAAUCUGACCUCCUGUUGGUCGGGGAACUCUGGGAGUUGAAGUCACUUUUAAAUUGCUGAGAUAGGAAAACACGGAACUAGAUUAUUCUUGGGAUCCAUUCAGAACUGCCAUUCUGUGAUUAUAUUAGACAACCGAUGACCUCUUAGGGUUGUUUCAGAGAUAUUUCCUUACCGCAUUCAGAAAUAUUGUUUCAGAGAGAUUUCCUUCACACAUUUCUCAAUGCCUUUUUAACAGUGGUGCAGCUUCUAGUGUACUUGAACAGGUCAGGUCGUAAAAAUCCAGGGAUAUAUUCAGAGACGUGUCCGCCUUGAAAGUAACCCAUAUUGAACUGUACAGCGCAGUCAUAGAGUCACUGACAGGGAAUGUUUUAAGACAGUAUAUAUUAUGUUUUAUAAAAUUUCACAAAUUUCAAUCCCAUAGAAGUCAUAGACCCUGGAUUUUGGAUACGUUCUAUAAGGUAGCUCAUCUGAGGUACCUUAGUUCAAAAAACUUAAGUUCCCUGUGAGGAACCAUCCCACCUAGUCAAAGGUUACGAGAACAAGAAUUUUAGUAGUGUACAGACAGUUAAAUCAGAUUUCAGAAGAUUUGUAGAUUUCAGAAUUGAAGAGGGGAGAAAAGUAUCCGCACAGUAAGGUUCUUUCUUAGUGAGAUUUGAUGGUAUUUUUUUCAGCACCUUAUCCACAAAUUUUCAUGGCUGGGGCAUAGAAUAGAAAUAGGAUGGGAAGACCUAGUCCGAUCCCCUGUUCAAGACAAGCGGGCCUUAUACCAUCCCUGUCAAAUUGUUGUCCAGUCUAUUUUUGAAAACCUCCAUGAUGGAGCACCCACAACUCCAGGAGGCAAGCUGUUCCAUUGAUUAAUUGUUCUCAUUGUGCAUCUUUUUUUCUCUUUUUCUGUUACUAAUAGAUAAUUGUAACACCUUGAAUCCAGGUCCUCACCCAAAGAGAUAAAGAGUCAAGGAAUGUAUUCCUUAGGUUAAAAGCAAGAAUGCAAAAGGCAAGGGGUAGGGUGGAGGUUGCCCAUGUUAGGGUUGCAUUUCCCACUACCAGCUUCUUCCUACAACAGCCUCGGUGGUGUUUCCUGCUUCUUCAACCCCGCAAAUCUUCCUACCGCCUUGUAAUCAUUCUGUACUCCGUCCCCUAAAUCUUUUCCAGUUCAUUCAGUCAUUAAUUUUGAAGCUAUUUAUUUAUUUAUUUAUUUAAAUCGAAGGAGCAGCAAGUCAGAUGUUUUGGUCCCCCAAAAGCUUCCCCCCCCCCCCCCCCACCUUUAACAGAGUGGCCAUAACAAAGUAAAAGGACUUGUGUGACUUUGAAAUUGAGGGAAGACACAGGAAGCUGUGCAUGAAAAUGCAUGAAAACUUGCAGAAGUUUAUUGUUAAAAGUUAUCUUAGGUGUCGUACCUCCCCCUGCUGAUAGGUUGUGGAACUGCAAAAAAACACCCCACCCUACAACUAAAUAAAAAAUAAAAUGGCUUAGUUCACUUUAAUCCCAACCUUGUCCAUUUUUAGAGUGUUGUAUAUAGCAUGCUGUGCAAAGCCCAUCCCUGUGGUUAAACAACAGUGGACAUAGAAAGAAUAUUUCUUCAUAGUCUGCUCCAUGAUGGAUUUAAAACCUCAAGAAUUGCUCUUGUUAGCUCAAGAUCCUAUCUGUGUGUAUAUUAAUGAGGUAGUUAAUCAAGUGGUGCAUAUUGGUCAUUCAUUUCACCCUCAUCAAUUAUGUAAACAUUUGCCAAUCUGGAAUCUCCCAUUCUAUGAUUGGGGCUUAACUUAAUAAGUGCAAUUGUCUGUGCUCAAACUAGCAUCCUGUCUGAGAAUGGAAAAGACUACAGAAUACAGCCUAAGGCAGAACUUUCUGAGAAGACAAAGCCUUAUGCAAGUCCUCGAGAAUUGGUUAGGAGUGCUGUGCACAUUUCAAAAAUAUCAGGGGAAACUUAAACUCAAAUCUGCUGCAAGCACAACCUUUUUCUGCUUUUCCUUAAAAUUUAUAGCUUGUAUUUGUAUAAUUAAAAGUUCUUCUAAAACUUCAACUCUAUGUGACGCUUAAAACAGCAAUAUCAGUCCUAAAAAGAGGGUUGCUUUCACAAAGACCAGAGAUAUGUCGUGUUCUUAUGAGCAUUUCUUCCAAUUUAUUUUUUUUUUGAAAUUUGCCCAGCCCAACGAUCUAUUGACUGAGCAAAAACUUCUGAUUGCUCUAGCAAAUUGUCUUCAAAAGACUAGUGCAAAUGCAGAUUUAUGACAGACAUUUGUUGCUGUCUUAAACCAGAUCCAGAAGAGAGACAGUAGAAUGAAUGGAUUUUUCUGUCCUGUCUGGCCAACCCUUUUUCUUACCUGGCAUGACAGGUGCAAAGUAUUUUAUUGAUGGCAACUACCAGAAGAACCCAAAAAGUGUCUGCAAAGCAAAAUGAUCAAAAACCUCCAUAGCAGGCUCAGUGUGAUAGAAGAUUUAUCUGAGAGCAGUAUGGAAGCAGAAACUAGAUGAUCCUACUAAAACCAGGCUGUGUGCUUUCCUUGUAACCAGCCAUACCUGAUUCUCUCUGCUGCUUUGUCGUCUCUUGUAAGGGCAUUGACUGUUCCUGAGCAACCAAUCAGAGCCUUCCGAUGAUGCUUCCUUUUUCCAGAAGUCCCUAAUGUUAAGGAGCUUAAAUCCUCUGCUUCCCAACAGUUGCUCCCAAGGAUCUGCUUCGUGUUCUCUUUACCUGAUACAGAGAAUGGAUUCUUAAGAGAUCGGCCCCAUGACGUUUGUGACCCAGUGCACUUUCAGCUCAAGAGUUGUGAGAUGGACAGAGGGCUACUGCCCAUCUUCCUGACAGGAUGUUUUUCUCUCCCAUUUCUGCUAAGUUCCAUAGUUGCCUAUCUUUGCGACUAACAAGGUGUUUUUUUUAAAGCUUUAAAUAAAGAAAUUAUAGUUCAUGUGUAUCUUGUUGGUCUGAAUGAAUUUUGGCCUGCUUCUUUGCAAGUUCCCUAGGGUGGCAUGUACUGGUCUCGUGCCUCUCUUUUCUGAUUCAUAAACUGAAAGGCUUCUUUUCUUAUCCAUCAAAACAAAACUAAAUUUGUUGUUGGUUAAUCCCUCAUGAUUUCCAUUUAAAAGGAAAAGUGGAAUGCAAAUGUAAUAGUACUCACUGUACUGUCAUUUAAAUGCAUUGAUUGAAUUUAAAGACUUGUGUUUUUUAAA